AUGAAGUCCAAGCCCUAUGAGCAGCUCAUCAGCGCCUUGGAGGCUAUUGACACUCAGAGCGCCAACGUUGUCCCUAGCAACUUCGCCCCUACCAUUGACGAGGCCGUCGUCUUCUCAGACUAUCUCCAGGGCUCCACCUACGGCAACGUCACCCAAUUCCCUCUCCUUCUCGGUAACUUCGACUUCGAGGCCAGCCUCUUCCGCGCUCUCGACGACCUCAAGAAAUAUAUCUUUCCCGGAAUCUUACUGGGAGGCUUUCAACUCCCAGGCCUUCGUUUGCCCGUGCUCGACAAUGCCAAUAUCUUCGCCAACAACAAGAACCCCACCUGGCGCUAUCGCUGGUUUGGCGCCUUCAUGAACACAGAGAUCACUACCGUUCCCUUCUCUGGCACCUGGCACGCCGGUGAGCUGGCCAUCCUCUUCGGCAACGCCUCGCCCGCCAGCUCGGGCAUUCCUAACAGCACGGCAGCGGAGGUUUUCCUGUCGAUCAAAGUUUCCCACAUAGGACUGACUAAGUUCUAA